AUGUCUGUCUCUACUCAAGCGACGAUAGCCUCCUUUGGGGGUAAGCUACUCAAGCUUGCCCACAACUCCUCCACUCUCGGCUGCGAGAUGAAAUUCAACCUUUACCUGCCUCCGCAAAACACCCAGAACCAGCUCCAUAAAGUUCCCCUAUUCAUCUGGCUGUCCGGCCUGACAUGUACCGGUGACAACUGCGCUGAGAAGGGUUUCUUUCAACACGGUGCAAGCAAGAAGGGGAUCGCAGUCUUGUACCCAGAUACUAGCCCUAGGGGCAUCGGCAUCAAGGGAGAAGACGACGCCUAUGACUUUGGUACUGGCGCAGGAUUUUAUGUCGAUGCUACCGCCGAUCCGUGGUCCAAGAACUAUAAGAUGUACUCGUACAUCACCGACGAACUUCCCAAGACUGUCUUCUCGGCCUUCGCCGACCAAAUUGAUUCCAGCCGAGUGAGCAUUAGUGGACACAGUAUGGGUGGACACGGUGCUUUGUCAUUAUACCUGAGGAACCCUGGCAAAUACAAGAGUGUCAGCGCAUUUGCUCCAAUUGCCAAUCCUCUGAAAUGCCCUUGGGGAGAGAAGGCUUUCAAGGGCUACUUUGGAGAAAGUGAUUGGCAAAAGAAGGGUGCCGAGCACGACUCGACCGAACUGCUCAAGAAAUGGAAAGGAGGUGACCUGGAUAUCUUGAUCGAUGUGGGCACUGGCGACAACUUCUACAAGCAAGGCCAACUACUACCCGAAAACUUCAUUGCCGCAGCAAAGGAGAUCGGACAAGAGAAAGGCGUCAAUGUCAGAUUCCAGCCAGACUACGAUCACAGCUACUACACAAUGGCUACGUUCUCCGAUGACCACAUCGAUCAUGCUGCAAAAUACUUGUUUGCAUAG